AGUGAUUAUUAGUAAUGAAAUUAUUUAUGAAUUAAUAUUUGAUAUUAAAAUCAUUGAUAAUUUAUCCAAUGAUUAAAACAUUAUGUAUUUUAAUGGUUUGUCUGUCACUACAACUAAAACUCAAUUAUUGUUAUGCAAUCAAUUGAUCCGUAAAAGACUUGUCCAAUCAGUUGGCAGACGUAAUAUUUCCUCGACAACAAAAUGGUCAUCAAAAGUAUCGGCCACUUCUUACUUGUUAUUGGCGAUACCGUCGGCUACCUUUUGUCUGGGCUGUUGGCAAAUUCAGAGAAGACAAUGGAAAUUGGAUCUAAUCGAUAGAUUAGAACAGUUGACAAAACUAUCGGCCGUCGAUCUUCCCGAAGAUUUAGAUGAAUUAUCAGAACUAGAAUACAGAAAAGUCAAACUUCGAGGAAGGUUUGACAACUCAAUGGAGAUGUAUAUCAGUCCGCGUUCUUUGCUUCAGACGGAAGACCAUAGAAAUAGUUCUGUAUUUAGUAAAUCUACGAAAGACUCGAUCGGUGUUUGGGUUAUAACACCGUUUGAAUUGAAAGGCAAAGACACAAGAAUUUUGGUCAACAGAGGUUGGGUUCAUAGAUCACAAAUGGAUCCAAAAACGAGACCAAAUGGUCAAACUGGUGAAGAAAUUGAAUUGAUUGGUAUCGUCCGUAAUACAGAAAAGAGACAGCCAUUUGGUUUGAAAAACGAUGAGAAGUCCAAUGUAUGGCAUUAUAGAGACAUAGAAGGAAUGGCCCGACGGCUUAAUACAUUACCGUUAAUAUUUGAUGCCGACUAUAACAGUACAAUACCCGGCGGUCCUAUUGGCGGACAGACUCGUGUUAGUCUGAGAAAUGAACACAUGUCUUAUAUUAUCACAUGGUUUGGCUUAUCAAUCAUCACAUUUUAUUUAUGGUAUUUAAAAAUUUAUAAACGAAAACGAGUAUUUUAA